UCUGCAGGUUGUAUUAGCCGGGUGUUGUUCAGCCCUGGUGUAGUGGAGGACCUGAACCCGAUCGGAAGCAAUUCCUACGGGGUGACCACGUGCGAGACUUGCGCCCAGAACCCGUGUCUCAACGGGGGUCUGUGCCAGGAGGCGCAUUCUGCGGAGGGUUACGCGUGCAUUUGCCCCAGCGGCUAUUCGGGUACGAACUGCCAGGAGCUGGGAGAAGUUUGCUACGCAGGGGCCUGCGGCGGCGGACGAUGUGUGCAAAGUCAGGGCGGAUACGAAUGCAUGUGUCCCUUUGGCAAAACCGGGAAACGAUGCGAAAAGGAGAUCAAUAUCCUGGAACCAGCAUUUUCGGAGGACGCCUUUGCCGCGUAUCCGACACCGAAAGCCGUGGCGAAAUUGGACGUGGAAAUGCGGCUGAAGCCCGAGACCAUUGACGACAGCAUCUUGAUCUACUGCGCACAGGCCAAUGAUGGCGAAGGCGACUUCACUUCACUGGCAAUCAGGGACAAGCACUUGGAAUUCAUGUUCGACGCUGGCUCCGGACCAGCCGUGAUUCGGUCUGAGCGGGAAAUCCGCGUCGGGGAAUGGAUCAACGUGACAAUGUGGCGGGAUGCUCAGAAGGCUCACUUGAAAAUCAAUGAGGAUAAACCCGUUCAUGGCCGCAGUCCUGGAUCAGCACGUGGACUCAAUCUCCAAACCCCGUUCUACUUGGGUGGCACUGAUCCGCAGCGAAUCAGAGUGAACCGAAUCGUGGGAGUGAAACGGGGAUUCAAGGGUUGCGUUUCAUCGCUCAAGUUGCAAAACCGUAAACUGAAUCUGCUGGCGGAACACACGGAUUCUGCCAAUGUAGAGGAUUGUUCGUCGGCUGCUCCUUGCCAACGAGAUCCUUGCGGCAGAAACGGAGUUUGCACAGAUUUCGGCGAUGGCCAGUUUUCUUGCACUUGCGAGACAGGUUUCACUGGGAAGUUGUGCGAAAAUGAACCCACUGCGUGCAACACUCGGAAACCGUGCAAAAACGGUGGCAAGUGCAGAGAAAGCCCUGGGAAUGAAUACGAGUGCUUGUGCCUAAUGGGCUAUGGAGGAAAAGACUGCGAGAAAACCGUGACUGUCGAAACUGAGGCAUACAUUGCCAAGUCUGGAUACAUUGAACUUCCUCGGUCAAUGUUGCCUCACCAUUCUGAAGAUUUGCCAGAAAAAGUCGCCUUUAAAAUCACCACCACUGAUCGGAAUGGAUUAUUGUUCUUCCACGGUCCACCUGAAACCAUGGACGGCGCAGGAAUGGAUCAUUUCACGAUUGCUCUUGUCGACGGCUAUGUAACAGUGAGUUAUGAACUUGGCAAUGGACCAGCGAGCAUCAAAUGGGACAAAUACCCCAUCUCUGACGGGGUUCAGCACCGGGUCCUGGUCGUACGAACCGGGAAAACAGCCACUGUUCAGGUCGACGAAAGCAACGUGGCCUACGGAGAAGCUGGCGGCAUUCUGCGGCGGCUCAAUGCCGCCGGAAACAUCUACAUCGGUGGUGCUCCUGCACUUCGUCGCAUGACAGGAGGCGCUCACAGCGUCGGGUUGUCUGCGUGCAUCAAAGAGCUGCAAAUUGGGGAAACAAAACCAGUAAAUUUUGCAAAAAUGGCUGUACAAGGCAUUGCCGUCGGCAAAUGCGAUGACGAGAUGUGGCAACCGAGGGCAAAUUGAAGACGGUGACACCAGUGGAAAGUAAGUUGGCACUUUGGCGCGAGAGGCUUUUUUUUCUGUAAAGACUUCGUGUCUUGAGAAUGACAGGAAUUUUUUUUCUCGUUUCGUUUCUGGAAUGAGUGUUGGUCUAUCGAUGAUGAUAUCCAUGUCUUCGAGCGCUCACACUCGACGAUUUCGGAAUAUUGAUUCCCGGUGAUAUUUCUGUUAGCUAGUGAACUCAAAGGUUCAUGCGUAAAUGACAUUUACUUAAUUGGGUCGGUGUAAGGACGUGUGCCAAACUUUAAUUUAUCUUUGUUAUGGCGGGGCAAGAAUUCUACUUGAACUUUAAAAAAAAUAUCGAGAUGUUCGUUUUAAUUUCCGUGUGUGAUUCUUGUCGACGAACGAGUCAUAUCCCAGUGGGUCUUUUGUGUCUCUGUCGUACUUUUGAGAUAGCGUUUUUAGAAGUUUUUGUGUCCACAUAGUGCUGUUUUAUUUCUCAUGGGUGGACGAGGAGAGAAAGACCCGUGGAUGCAUUUCGAGAAACUCUUAAUAAUUCAACACUGCCAAGAUUGUUUCAGCAAAAUUUCAGCAGUUUUUAGACUCGAAGAAUCAUGUUCGUGUUUUUUUCAAAGGAAUUUUGUGUUUGACACAAGACCCAUUUUACCGCAUUGUUGUAUUAUGGAACGGAAUUCUAGAGUGCGUGCAUAUCUUCGAAGUGUGAGCGAUUAAGUGUCUUGUGCAGUAUUUUUUCUGCUUUCUGUUCAACGAUGUUACUUUUUUUUUUCGAAAAGCGUUACAUUAUCGGAUUCCUGUUGUCGAACCACUUCGUUUCAGAUUCAGUAUUGAAUAAAUGAUUUGUCGUGGGUGGGUUUGGAAA